CCUAUCAGUUACGCUGCCUAAAAAGUUAAGAGACACAGAUCACCCGCGCUGCGCUGCACCGCCCCGAGGACGAUGGCCGCGUCUCCUGCACUGCUCCUCCUGCUCAGCCUCACGCUCUGCUGCACCAGCACCCAGGGACAGAGGGACACAGUGGUGAUCAGGUUCCAAAACAGGAAUAUGAAGCACCCCCAGGAAGGACAGCAGCUGCAGCUGGAGUGCCGGACAUACAGAACAACCUGGGGAGCCUCCUGGGUCCGCCUGGACAAGAAUGGGAACCUUCACUUCAUUGUCUCCAGUAACUCUCCGCAUAACACAGUCUUUCAUGGGAAUACGAGAAUAUCUCCGCACUUUGAGGCAUUGUGGAAAGACAACACCUUUUGGCUGGUUGUGAAGUCCUUCAGUACACAGGAUGAGGGCAUCUAUUUCUGCAUCAACAAAAUCAACCAGGUGCUGCACUUCAGCUCUGGACAACCCGCCUUCUUACCAGGAACAAGCAACAAGAAGACGCUGAACUUCUGCUGUGACAUAGUCAAGUGGGUUAACCUGGCGUGCGCCUGCCUCCUGCUCCUCACUGCCAUAACCAUCACCAUCGCGCUCUGCCAAAGUAAGUUGCUCCCUCACACCCUGCAGAGCUUCCUGCAGCCUCACACCAAAGAGCACAGCCCGCUCCUCCAGGGGAAUGGGCUCUCUGCCUAUUGCCCUCACGCAGACAUUGUGUAG